AAGAAAUAGAUCAACACCACAGCAAAGUAGAAAGAGUUUAAACUCAAACUUACAACUUUAGAGCACCAGUUUAUCAUAAACAUUUCCAGCUACGGGUUAUGAUAACURCUGCYGARAGGARACCACAUCUACAGGUUUCCGAUCCCAGUUCUUUGUUACGAACUGGUGGCGAGACUUUUCUCAUGGAAGGGAAAGGAAGCACUGAAAUUUUACCUCCGUUGAAACCUUCAACUAAAGCGAACUUAAAACACCAAUCUCACGAUGUAACGAAUGGCUCCCUACCACAUUUAGGUGGAAUCCAAGUACAGCAACUGUUUGAAGAGGAGACAAACCAACAAAACAAAGGAAAAAUCGCACCUGAAGUCCAAGCGUUGCCAUCUGUUCGUCCGACGUCUCAAGCAGGACGCACAUCUUCUGCGGACCGACGUAGUAACGGCUCUGGGACACAGAAAACUCGCGAUUUCAUGACGCCCAAUCAAGCAAUGAAGCAACUAAUGCAUAAACUAACUAACUAUGAACAUCAUGAGAUAUUUAAUUAUCCACAAAUAUAUUUUGUUGGGCCAAAUGCGAAGAAAAGACAGGGUGUGGUGAGUGGAGCAAACAAUUGUGGCUACGACGACGACCAAGGCUCUUACAUCCACGUUCCUCACGACCACAUAGGCUAUAGAUAUGAAGUGCUUAAAAUUAUUGGCAAGGGAAGCUUUGGACAAGUUGUCAAGGCCUAUGAUCACAAGACACAGACUCAUGUAGCUCUAAAAAUGGUUCGCAACGAGAAGCGAUUUCACAGACAAGCGCAAGAGGAGAUCAAGAUACUCGAGCAUUUACGCAAGCAAGAUAAAGACAAUAAUUACAAUAUAAUUCACAUGUUGGAACACUUUAAUUUUAGAAAUCAUGUUUGUAUGACAUUUGAGCUGCUAAGUAUGAACCUUUAUGAACUUAUAAAGAAGAACAAAUUUCAAGGUUUUAGCCUACAACUGGUUCGAAAAUUCGCUCACUCAAUUCUUCAGUGUUUGGAAGCACUUCACCGCAAUCGCAUCAUACACUGUGACCUAAAACCUGAAAACAUCCUUCUCAAACAACAAGGAAGAAGCGGAAUUAAGGUCAUAGACUUUGGAUCUAGUUGCUACGAACAUCAGAGGAUAUAUACAUAUAUUCAAAGUCGGUUUUACCGAGCGCCCGAGGUAAUACUCGGAGCACGCUACGGCAUGCCUAUUGAUAUGUGGAGCUUUGGCUGCAUUUUAGCCGAACUUUUGACAGGAUAUCCGAUCUUUCCUGGCGAGGAUGAAGGUGACCAACUAGCUUGUAUUAUUGAAUUGCUAGGGAUGCCACCACAGCGUCUAAUUGAGUCAUCUAAACGAGCGAAGAACUUUAUAAGUUCCAAAGGCCACCCUAGAUAUUGUACAGUGACAACAUUGCCAGAUGGCAGUACUGUGUUGAACCCCGGUCGAUCGCGACACGGAAAAACAAGAGGCAUUCCAAACUCAAAAACAUUCACUCAAGCACUAAAGGGCUGCGAUGAUGCUCACUUUAUUGAUUUCUUGAAGAGAUGUCUCGAAUGGGAUCCAAGUCAACGAAUGCUACCGUCACAAGCGCUGAGACAUCCAUGGCUUCGACGAAGGUUGCCAAGAGCUCCCGAACCUAACAACAACACGAUCACCUCUGCUGAAAAGCGACGCUCAGCCGUAGGAAAACUUCCACCAACUGGUCCUUCUUCGGGAAAAACAAAACCAAGAAAACCUAUUGAAAUCACCGACGACGGACUACCAGACUCAGGAUCAUUAAAUACAAGAACUGUUUUACCAAAGAUUGUAGGAAGAUAGGAAAACAUUGAAUUUUUAGCACGAUGGUAUUUUAGUUUUUAUUUCUUAAAAUACUCAUUGGAAAGAUCAUAGUAUUUCUGCACAAUAUACAUCCGUACUUUGCAAUUCAAUAUACUGGCGAAGUUAGAUACAUGCAUCUAUUUUCGCCCCACUAGAAAUGUGUCAAAUGCACGUGGAAGAUAUUUAAAUGUAUAGUGUGAAAAUUUAUCUACUUUUGUACAGAUGUCUAGUUUAGGGAAAUGUGUUUUAUAAAUAUGUAAAGGAAUCGAAUUAUAUUUUUUAAAACCAACGGAUUCAAGGGUUUUUAGCUAAGAUACUUCUUAUGGCAAUAAUUGCACAGUUUUGAAAUCCCCAAACAAGUACAAAUUACGAGAGUGAAGAGAAUGUAAUUAUAAUUAAUAUAUGACAGAUCAGUCCGAUGUAAUAAAAAUUUAGCUAUAUAAA